GAGCGCGCGCCAACUCGAAGUGACAUCUCGCGCGGCGUUCGAUCGAGAUCGAUUUUCGAUAGGUGCUCGCCGCGGCGGCCGCGCGCGGCAGCUGCGCGCACUUUUCGCGCGUCCAAUUAUCUCGCGUCCAGAGCCGCGGUGAAAUCGCGCGCCCGAGAUCGGGCGGGAAAAGUCCUCCGCGAGCGCGCGGACGGGAGGCGAUUCGUAAUUGCGUGUGCGCAGUUUUUUUUCUUUCUUCUCGCGCUGCGAUAAAACUGGGGCACCGCCCGUAGAGUGCGCCAGUGUCGUUAGGUGGCGCGCCUGGCGGCGCGCGUCCGAACCCGCGCGCGGCCGCGAUCUACGCGCGAUGUUCUCCGCGGCGCAGGAUGUCCGGUGCGCGACGGCGUUUUUACGGAGACCUCGCGUAGGACCGGAGCCUGGAGUACCGCGGGAUCUCGAGCGUCUCGGAUCCGGCGGACAAUGGGCGGCGGCCCCGAUCGCGCCGUGCUCGACCGAGCGUCAUUUGGGGACCUGCGUUCCCACGUGCAGCACCAGCCACUGACGGUUUCGGGGUUCGCGCGAAGUUCAACGAUGUAGCAGGAUUUUUCACGGAACGACCUGUUGAUGAAGUAUGGGGUGGUUCUUCCUUGCCAGUAUUUUGUUACUCUCCUUAUGCGCGGCGGGAGCGCCGAUGCCACAGGGUGCUGGGAGCCACGGUCAACCGCAGGCUGGUUCGUUGCCGAGCACCCCGGGCCCCGGCGGCAGUGGUUCUACCGGUGGUGCUACCGGAAGCGGCGGCGGUAGCAGCGGUGGAGGAGCUACCGGCUUCUCUACCGGCGCUGCCGGGGCUGCCUCUUUCGGUCUCGGUGUUACCGGUGGGUCCAUCGGCAGCGGGUCAACCGGCGGUGGAGCCGGCGGCGGUGCCGCUGCUUCCGGGAUCUGGUCCAACAAAGGGCCUGCUCGCCGUGGUCGAGGCUGGCGCGAUUGGCGUCGCGGCGAUCCUACCCUCAUCAAGGGCCUGUGGAAGUCAAAGGGUCCUCUAGAUUCGCUAGGACAGGCGGAGAUCUACAUCAUCGUGGCUCUCCUGAUCGGCUUCUUCACCGUGGUGAUCGGUUGCUGGCUAUCCGACAAUUGCUGGUCGCCGGAACCGGAGGGGGUUGUCACCCUCGCAUAGCCUAGUGCCGACUUCCGUGCCUCCAGGCGAUAACAACUACUACGACGCCCCUCCUACAGGAUUCUUCAGGACCUCGGCCGCUAUUCGGAACAUCGUGGUGACGCACCCGGCAACGUCAGCGGCAAUCAUCGACCGUUGCUCGACAUCAAUGACAAUGACACGCUGUUGCGCGUAUGAGCGCCACGCACCUCCUCAUCGAAGAGGUAUCGCUCGAUCGACGGCACCCGCGAACCAAUCUCCUUCGCAAGUUCCUAUUUCGCAAGAGACGCGCUUUCGAGCAGGGUCGGUUCUUGAGCGCGAAAAGAGACGUCGAAGAAGGAAAUGAAAUUGAAUGAACGAACGAACUGUGAAAAUUUUUCGCUCUGUAUCACAUAUCGAUUCCCAAAGUCGCGAGAGGAUACGAAACUCACUUGUCAUUUCCACAAUGACGAACGAAAAUUGGCGUAUUGGAUUAAACCAACGAAAAGAUACGUUGCGGUAUUUCGUACGAAGAAGCAGACGAUGGGCGUAGUUUAUUUGAUUCAAUCGAGAAUUGAUCCCUAAGAUCUCUAAGAUCUGGCUCUGCAACUGUAAAAUCAGUUCCUUUCGUGUCGUUCUGAACGAUGGGACAGAUUUUUGUUUUUUAACUUAAUGAAGAUACGUGCACGCACAGCACGUCUUGAUUCGAACGCAGACGGCUCUAUCAGAGUUAGUGUACGCUCUGUUAUAUUGAUAUAUUUAAUCGUUAAUUUAAUUAAUGCCUUAAUUAAUUGGGCAUUAAUUGCGCGUCCAACGCAUUGUUAUGGAGUCCGGAGUACUUGCGAUGAAUAUCAAUACUGGGGCUAUUAUCGCUUGUUACGCAAUCAAGUGACAAGCUCUCAGACUUGGAGAUAAUUGAUUUUGCUUGAAGCAAGGCGCGGCAUUAAGGGAGAUCUGUCCGAUAACAGACGUCGAAAGAGAGGGGAUCUCUGAAACAUGUUGAAUCCACUUUUUAUUAAUAUAAACGCCAUUUGUCAUAAUACACGUCGAAAUAUACGAAUGAAAUCACAA